CCACAGUACUGUGUAACAGCCUCCGCUGCUGAGAGAUGACAGAGCCAAUCUCAGCGCACACAUGGCCCUGGGAGCUUGAAGCUGCGUAGAGCCACCACACAAAAGACACGGACACGCACAGCACCUUCUUCUGAUUUGUGCGAAAGGGACUUAAACCGGGAAUUAAGGAAGUUUUUUUUUUCAUCCUCCUGCGUCGUACCAGUCAGUCCGAACGUGGCCAUUUGCUCAAUGUCAUCAUGAUCAUCUUCUCGUCGCGCAGUGUACUGCUGUCAGUCUACUAUCCACAGAUCUUCCUCAUCCUGACGAGUGGCAGCUACCUGGCCCUGUCCUCGGUGGUGGCUCUGGGUGCCAACAUCAUCUGCAACAAGAUUCCUGGUCUGGCACCUCGCCAGCGGGCCAUCUGCCAGAGCCGCCCGGACGCCAUCAUUGUUGUGGGUGAAGGCGCCCAGAUGGGCAUCAACGAGUGUCAGUACCAGUUCCGAUAUGGACGCUGGAACUGUUCGGCGCUGGGAGAAAGGACAGUCUUCGGUCAGGAGCUGCGAGUAGGCAGUCGGGAAGCAGCUUUCACCUAUGCCAUCACAGCAGCAGGGGUGGCUCACGCUAUCACAGCUGCGUGCAGCCAGGGCAACCUGAGCCAGUGCGGCUGUGACCGGGAGAAGCAGGGGUAUUACAAUCAGGAAGAAGGCUGGAAGUGGGGAGGCUGCUCAGCUGACAUCAAAUACGGCCUCGAGUUCUCUCGUCGCUUUGUUGAUGCUCGUGAGAUUAAAAAGACCCCACGUCGUCUGAUGAACCUGCAUAACAAUGAGGCAGGCAGGAAGGUUCUAGAAGAAAGGAUGAAGCUAGAAUGCAAGUGUCAUGGUGUCUCAGGCUCCUGCACCACCAAGACCUGUUGGACUACACUUCCCAAGUUCCGUGAGAUUGGCUACGUACUCAAGGAGAAGUACAACGAAGCCGUGCACGUGGAAGUAGUUCGGGCUAGCCGACUACGCCAGCCUACUCACCUCAAGGUGAAGCAGACUCAGGGCUACCGUAAGCCCAUGGAGACAGACCUUGUCUAUAUCGAGAGGUCUCCCAACUACUGCGAAGAGGAUGCAGCCACAGGGAGUGUGGGCACCCAGGGACGCCUGUGCAACCGCACAUCAUCACAUACAGACGGUUGUGACCUUAUGUGCUGUGGCCGGGGCUACAAUACACACCAGUACACCAAAGUGUGGCAGUGUAACUGUAAGUUCCAAUGGUGCUGCUUCGUCAAGUGCAACACAUGCAGUGAGAGGACGGAGGUGUUUACCUGCAAAUAAGAUUGCAAGGAACUCAGGCACUAAGGACUAGCUGAAUGAGGAAGACCCGACCUAGCAAGAUAAAAGGGUGACUUGGACCAGUAAGAGACUUUGAAAUAAAGUAAUGGAAUUUACACUACCAGCUCUUCAUGGCAUCAUUUUGCACAGCAGAACCUAAUGUCUUUUCAGAAAGUGAAUGCUAAAUAUCAGUAGGUAAUACCCCAGAACUUUACUGUUGCACAGAGAUAGUGCUCAUGUACUGUACUGAUAUAUCCACAGUGAAGUUGGGACUAUAUGAAAUUAAUGAGGCCCUUAGCAGGAACUGUGCUUUGCACUCUGGGCUUUGUUAAAUUCACAAGAGACUUGUGCAUGGAGAAGAAACAGAGAAACCUGGGAGUUGGUCAAAAUGACAGCAGCUGAUGAGGGAUGACUUUAAAAGGUUUUGCUAUAUUUUUACUACAGGGGAACAAAAGUGAACCUAGAUAUGGAGGCGCCCCAAAUUGGCUGAGGCUAAUGUUAGAGGAUUGCAGAAAUGAAGAACAUUUUGUGAGCACGGUGCUUCAGGCUGUGCCAAAAUCUAAGUGGAGAACUUUAUUAAACCCUCUGCUACCAACUGGAAUAAGGUGGAGUAUGCUAGUUUUCCAGUCACACUGGAACUGUCUGUUCUGAACACUGAAAAUAAAUUGUUUAUUUAUGUUAUAGUAUCUUAAAACGAAGCACUAACGGGUAGAGAUGUCCUUUUUGUACUAAGUGUAAAGAAAAAUUACUUUUUAGAAACUCUGACUGAAGAUAUGUGUCUGCUAGAAAAUGACCGCCCCGAUCCCUGAAACACCUCAUCUUUUCAUAACAAGAAAGAAACCUACACAAAAAAACUUCAUUGCUACUGGUGUGUUGACAACAAAUAAUAUAUUUCAUUGUAUUUCACAUUCAGACACAUUGGUUCUAUUUUUUAUUGUAGCAUAGGUUGUUUGCAGGCCCUCCCCCCCAGUAGCAAUAAGAAUUGUUUAACUGCAGAGAUCCUUCCUCAGUUCAUUAACCAUGAAAGUGAUAUGUUGCUGGAUGUGUUAAGUGCUGCACUGAUAUGUUCUAUUCAGAUACGACUCAUGAGAACUAAAUAAACUCCAAUUUGACUCAUUUUGGCAGUUCAUUGCUAAAAUAUCAACUUAAGUUGAACCUACAGUUUUUAGAAUAAUAUUGGUUAUUUCAUUUGAAAAUAACUGUAACGGUGUGACCAGUGGUGUGAUGGUUAUUUACUAUACACCCAUGCAUAUACAGUAAUGGCAGAGGUAACCAAGCCUACAGAUGAAAUAAUUAUUAUCAUUUUGCUUGAUGUGCUGCCAGACAAAAUGUUAUAGUCCCAAAAAUGUUUUCACUGAACACAAGGCUCACUUGGGGCUGAUUCACACUCACUUGUGCUCAUUAAGGCUAUACACUAGGGAAUUUUGUUCCUGGCUAGAUUAGCUCUGUUUUGCCACAAAAAUAAAGAAUAAUUGCAGUAUAUUACAAAUUGGAUUUAGGUAUUUUGGAAAACACUUCUAUCACUUAAACUAACAUUGUACUACCCAAAUCACAGUAAUUACUAAGUAUGGGAACACGGUGAUACCGCUAAAUUGUACAGGACAAAAACACAAGAGGUCAGAUAAAAAGAAAACUGAGAAAGGUUGUAAAACAAACCAAUGGUUUAGACAGAUUUUCUAAACUACAUUCUUAAAAUGCUGCAGUAUCAACUGCGCAUAAACCCAAAAGUUGUUUUUACAUGUAUUGUAAACAGAUUUCUCGAAAGUGAUACAUUGUGUUCAUUAGUAACAUUUAGCAGUAUUGGUAGGUAUAUUUUUGAACUUUGGAGACACUUAAGCUACUGUAGCUGUCUCACCCUGCUUCCGGUCUUUAUGCCUAACUAAGCUUCCUGGUUAUAGCUCCAAAUUCAAUGCAGGUAUGAGAGUGGGAUUGAUCGUCUCGUUUAACUGUCUAUGUAGAAGUAAAUAUAAGUGCAUUUCACAAAGGUAACUUUGAUUAUUGAAGUGUGAAAGAGGCAAAAGAUACCAGGCUAACACUUCACUGUGGGCUGAGAAUGUGCAGUGCUUUGUGGCACUUUAAGUUAUAACCACUUUUUGUUUAUCUGGAAUAUUUAUGUUAUUGUCUAUUCAGCUUUAAUCUAUAAUAUAUAUUUCAAAGUCAUAUGAGGUUUACAGACUCUAGGUCAGUUUAUCAUUUGGUUGACAGUUAAUUGGUUUAGAAUGUAUUGUAAAUUUUGCACAUAAUCACAUUUUUUUUUUUUUUACAGAUUUAGAGACUGCUAGAACUUAGUCUUGCACUUUGCAUGAUUAGCGCCGUUUAGCAUGUAGUAAAUAUAUCAGUCUAACUUAUUUUAGAGGUGCUACUCAGAUGGAUCAACCCCAGUCAUCAUGUAAAUAUUUUUUUCAUAUUUACUCAGUUAUAAUAAUUUACCGAUAUAACCUAUCUAACAUAUAGCCCCAUUCUGGCAUUCAUAUUUUCUUCAACUGGAGGCAGUUCAAAACUAGACAGCAAUCAGAGAGUGCAAACCUCCACCAAGGCAGAACACUUUCCCCAUAAAUCCAUGACACCUAAAGGCAGUAUUCUCAUGAUAGUUUGACCCUCAUAAUAUGAUUCCUUAAGCAUGAAAAACUUCGCCUAGCAUUUGGAAUUACAUUGAUAUCAUUAUUAAUUUGAAAAUUAUUCAAGAAAGCAAUACUUCAGUAAUGGCGAUUUUCUUCAGGAUGUAGGUCAGUAAUUUCUGAAGAUUUUGCAAGAUGAUCAAAUCUGUUGACACCCUGCUGAAUCAGUAGUUCCAGCUAGAAUUUGGUCUUAGUUGCAAGUUUGUAGAAUUAUUUGUCUCACAGUAGCCCGUUUUCCAUGAGUCCUAUAAAUGUGAACAUUCUAGAUCAGCAGGUAUGGAGUUUUUCUUGGAUCCAGAUCAGACUUUGGUGUGUAGUAAAAUUUAUGUGGAUGUUACUGUGCAAUUUUUGUCCAAAUAUGGUAGCAAAAAUAUUGCGAUUUGAACUAUUUCACAAUGAAGAAUCCAUUUAAAAAUUGUCUGGAUGCAGAAGAUGAUUUGGAUCAAAUUCUAAUGGAUUGUUUCUUGGGCCAUACCCUCCCUCUCCAAAAUGAAAACCACCAUCAAAAUUGAUUCAUUACUUUUUGAGUUUUGCUGUGAACAUACCAACAAACAAAUGCUGGUAAAAACUGAUUUUGAUGACAUUUUUUUGAAGAGGUAGAGUAUGGGUCCUUCUUUUAUUAUCAUGUUUUAUUAUUGUGCAUCUGCAUUUACGUACGUAUCAUGUUGUUUUUUGACUGGACCUUGAGGCUGUAAUAAAGUUUGAACUGAACUGAACUGAAUUGAAUAUGGCCCACAGAACAGUCCAACAGAUUUAGGUGCUGAUCUGGAUCAUCAUCCAGAUUGAGGAACGUUUUAAAGGACUCUUCACCACCAUGAGUGGUGGAAAGGCCCCUGACUGUAUGUGAGCCUCCUUGUGGCUAAAGUGCACGGGAGGCACAUUGUAAAACUAACUCUAAAAUGGACUUGCAUGCAGCCAAAUGGUUGAGUUGUUUGUGUCUGUGAAGGACUGUAAGUAGAUAUAGUUAUUUCAGUCUGCAUGGGACAUUUAUUUAGUGAUCGUUCAUGUCUACUGUUUAUCUUGAAUAACUUUCAAAGUAAUGAUAUCCACAUCAUUCACUAUGUUUUCAUGCUCAAGGAAUUAUAUGAUGAGGGCUAAACUACUAUAUCAUGGGAAUAUUGGUUUUAGGUGCAAUUUUGGGGAGGCUAUACCACCUUGGUGGUGGUUUGCACUCUCUGAGUGUUGUCUAGUAAUGAAUUAUUUUGUGAAACAUACAAAAAAGCUUGUCUUUGAACUCUGUGGAUUCCUUACUGGUUCUUUUUUUUAUUGCUCAAUGCCUGUUGAUACUGUUCCCCCUCAGUGUUCAGUUGACUAUAUUGACUGUUCAAGUAAAUUUCCAAAGCUAUUAUUUUCAUAAAUUGUUUCCCUGUGAAGAAAAACACACAUUAAAUCCGGUCAUUGUGUGUGUCCAGAUUUGAAGCCAAACUUUGUGUAGAAGUCUGUUAUUCAAACAUUCCAACCACACUUAAUAUAGUAACUGGCAAAUGCACUAGGAAGCAUAAAUCUUUAAAAAUCUAAAAUAUAUAAAUUAGCAACAUGCUGACUGACAUUUUGUACACAGCACGUGUUCAUAAUAUGCUGUGGUCGCCUGUCUUGAUUGUGGCACGCAUGGAACUGAAGUCAAUUAUCUCUCCCACCAUGAAAAGGAGCUUCUUCUCAUUGCCUGUGUCAAGCCGAGAUGUGAUCAGAAACACAGAAAGAGAAGGAAAAUAAACAAGAUUUAACAAGGAUUAUGGAAGACAGAUAUUUUCCAUUAAAAAUAAAUAGCAGUGCCCCUCAACAAAAUAAAUACCUAUUAACCCUGCAAAGUGUGAUUAUUCAUCCAGUUCAAAAAGGCUUUUGUUCAACAAUAAAAAGCUUGUUUUUUGCCAAUCAACUGGCACUGUCUACCUUGGGUGGUCACAGCCACCUGUCACAACCACAAUAAGUCCUUACCUGAUUACUUUGCAUGUUUAUUUUCUGUUGUUGGAACAGCAGAUGAUAUGAGCCUUGUGUUCACAAAGCCUGAUGUGGUACAAUUCAUGACACUGAGGUUAAACUAAAUGAGGAUACAGGAUGACUGAAUAACUGGCUCAACAAUUGUGCUUCUUAUGCUUUCUGUGUUGGCAGGGCUGUUGGGAGUCACUAAAUGGGAAGAGGACUUCAUGCAAAUGACCUAAUGUGAAAAGGAAGUGGCUCAGUGUGCCUCUUGUUUUUAGAUGCACAAACAAAAGUAUAGCUCUUUUGUGAGGGUGUUGUUGAGAUGGAUGGGAUGGCUUAAUGAAAAAAAGGAGGUGCAUGUGUAGCCGGAAACUGCAAGUGAAAAGAGUGGUUAUUUAGAAGAGGAGCUAAUUGAUAGCGGUUUGGAGAAAGAGAGGGUGCACUAUAAAAAUGGGACCAGCUGUCGAACCAAGUUGGGGACUGUGUGCAAUGCAUGAUAAAAGAUAUGGUAAAACAGUCUUCAGCUUAUACACACCCUCCAUUUUGUAAGGAUUUGUAUUGUUAAUUAUGCUGAUCCCAGAGCAUAAAGAGCAUAGAGGUUGAUAAGAUGAUUAUUUUAGGCAGUGAUGGAUUUUGAAACCUGAUAGUCCUGAAAAUUUAAAUAAUUGACAAAUUACCAUUGCAGACAUGAUCAAUGUCAGUGGCUUCAUUCAAUGCUUUCUGUGAGAUGGCUCUGUGAAAGAGAGUCAUGCUACUUCAUUCAUUUGCUGGACACUCCACUCGUUGUCCUGUAUGUGAAAAGCAUUGUAAGUGUGCAGCAGAGUGGAAGUAAGAUUGUUUUGUUAGUUGUCUGAAACCCUGGAGACCGGAACUGCAUAAGCUCUCCACACUAU